CUGGCGCUCUCAAAAGCUCCCCUGCUGCUCUUCCCAGUUUCCUCUUUGCACCUUUAAAAAAAAAAAAAAAAGAAAUCUGAAACUGGAAGUGGAAGUACCAGUUACCAGUUAGAUUGAGUUCACUGCUUCUGCUGUGAUGAUGUUAAACUGUUCACAGUCUCUUCCCCACCGUCACAGUUUCCCUUCUUCAACUCCCCGUCUCUCUACUUCCCCCUUUUGCCUUUCCCUCUCCUUCGCAUCAUCACCAUCGUUAUCCUCUUCUUCUGCUUCUAAGCUGAGACUUUCAUCGUGCAGCUUCCAUGAUGCAUCUAUCAAUCUCAAUCCUAAACCCAAGCAUAAGGGGUUAAAGGUCAUAUGCUCAAAAGGUGAGCCCUUGAAGGUGAUGAUAUCUGGGCCUCCUGGGUCUGGUAAAGGGACUCAGUGUGAGAUGAUUGUCAAGAAGUUUGGAUUGGUGCACGUAUCAACUGGAGACCUUUUACGUGCUGAAGUAGCAGCUGGCAGUGACAGCGGAAACAGGGCAAAGGAGUACAUGAGUUCUGGUCGACUCGUACCAGAUGAGAUUGUGACUGCUAUGGUAAAAGCACGAUUAGCACAGAAAGAUGCUAAAGAAAACGGUUGGCUUCUGGACGGGUACCCCAGAAGUUUUGCUCAAGCGCAGAGCCUGGAGGAAAUGAAGAUUAGACCUGAUGUCUAUAUUGUGCUUGAUGUUCCUGAUGAGAUUCUAGUAGACAGAGGUGUUGGCAGAAGGCUAGAUCCUGUAACGGGAAAAAUAUACCACAUUACUAACUUCCCUCCAGAGAAUGACGAAAUUAGAGAUAGGCUUGUCACUCGACCUGAUGAUACUGAGGAGAAGGUCAAGUCACGUUUGAAAAUAUACAAGAAAAAUGCAGAAGCAAUCUUACCGAUAUACAGGGAUAUUCUAAAGAAGGUUGAUGGAAACCGUCUCAAAGAAGUAGUCUUUAAAGAUGUAGAAACUUUGUUGUUGCAUGUGAAGGAGAAUGAAGAGACUGAAAAAUUAGUGGUUGGGAGUGACAACUAUCUGGUUAGGCCAACAUCAAGCAAGGAGAGUUGGAGAGGAAUUCCAACUAGAUUGAAUAACAUUCCUCAUUCGCGAGAAAUCAGGGAAUACUUCUAUAACGAUGUUCUGCAAGCUACAACAAGAGCCAUAAAUGAUGGGAAAACUCGAUUAAAGGUGGAGAUUAAUAUUCCUGAGCUGAACCCUGAAAUGGAUGUUUAUCGAAUAGGUACCUUGAUGGAACUUGUUCGGACUGUUGCUCUCUCAUUUGCUGAUGAUGGAAAACAUGUUAAGGUUUGUGUUCAAGGGUCAAUGGGACAAGGAGCACUUGCUGGUAUGCCCUUACAGCUUGCAGGAAGUAGAAAGAUCUUGGAGUUCAUGGACUGGGGAGAAUAUGGUGCUAAGGAUACCUUUAUCAAGAUUGGUUCAAUCGGUGCCAAAGAGGUUGAUGAAGAGGAUGAUAUGUACAUUUUAGUGGCACCUCAAAAUGCAGUAGGAAAUUGUAUUAUUGAUGAUCUAAAGGCUAUGACUGAUGCAGCUGGUACCCGUCCAGUUGUUCUUGUAAAUCCUAGACUGAAGGAUGUGCCUGGCUCAAGCGGUAUCAUGCAAACAAUGGGUCGAGAAAAGAGGUUGGAGUAUGCUGCAUCAUUCGAGAUAUGCUACGUCUUUCGGUUACUCUAUUAUGCAGGAACACAGUAUCCUAUUAUGGGUGCUCUCCGGAUGUCCCAUCCAUAUGCUUACGAGUUAUUCAAGAGGAUAGAUGAGUCACCUGGCAAGGAGAAAUAUGUUGCCUUGGCAAGCUUCCCAAAAAGACCGACUGGGGAGGAGAUUAACGAUGCAUUUGAAGGAAGGGAUAGAAGUAAAGUCAAAAGGGCUUCAGGGAUUUGGGGCCUAUUGAGUGGUAUCUUUUGAGCGUUGAAGGAGAAAAUGGAUGACAAAAAAUGCACUCAAACGAGACAUUGUACUUUGUCCAAGGAAACGGAAGAGAAGGGAUCUUUAUCAACCACUACUAUGAUAUAGCAUCGGAAUUAACUCUCUCAGCCUGUGACAGAUUGUUGGCAAAGGGUAGGGUUCCAUGAAAGUGAAAAUUUGGUCCUUAAUACGGUAGUUCAUGUUAAUGACACUUGGUAAUGAGGUGGGGAUUUGGAAUAGACAGAUGACUUACAUCAACAUUGAACAUGCAUGACC